CCCCAGACGUCACCUGUUGAUUUUUCAAAGGUUAACAGUGAUCGAGUGAUGAUUGUCAACUUCAUUUAAAUUGUUCAAAAAUAUCAAAAUGGUGCUCGACAAAGUGAAUUCUUCUGUUUUAAAACUCAUCGAACCCUAUAAAAAAUGGGUCAUAGAAAAUCCACAAUUAUUGGCAGACUUAGAGAAAACUGUUCAGUGUUUGUCUUACUUUACAGCUGGUUCCCUGAACAAUUCUACGUUUACAUCAGAGUUUAUCUACUCAUUCUCGAACCUAGUUGUUCUCUUCAACGACUUGCUAAUGUGCAGCGGCAGAUGCAUGCAUUUAAAGUUUCCCCAAUUCGAGUCGAAGCUUAAAAUUUGGCUGACUGUCGUGGAGUAUACAGAGACACUGUUCGAAAUCUCUGCUAAGAAAUUGUGGGGACCCAGCGGCAGGUGGUUCGUAAUCACAGCGAUACAAAUAUUCAAGACUGUGUUGCGUCUCUUGGUAAUACACGUCUACAAAGAACGCAUGGUGAAAUGUCCUCCGAUACAACCGCUCAACAGAGAUAUGUUAAUCAAAUCUAACGAAGAGAAAUUGAAGAAUGGAUUCAUGCUGAAGCGAUCCGGCACCAUCGUCAGAAGUAUAAGGGGCACCAAUUCUUUACAGGCACGAACAUGGGAACGGUUGCCUUCUGUCCCCAGUGAAAGUGAUAAUCUAAAUGCUUCCACUGUAUCAGAAAAGAAAUUCAUUAUAGCAGAGAGUCUUUAUAUUAUGAAACCAUUAUUCCAUUUGGGAUGCGUAUCCGUCACUGGUGAGAAACAGUGGGCGCCGUGGUUGUUGUCCUUUGCUAUUGAUUUACUUAGUUUAAACGUAUUUAACGAUAAAACAAACCGUGAAUCGUUCAGCAAAGAAGAAGAAGAAGAACUGAAUAAGCGGAAGCUAGCUUUGCUGCUUUAUAUAUUAAGAUCUCCAUUUUACGAUAAAUGCACCCGUGACAGAAUAAAUGCAGCUCUCACUGCGUUGUCUACUACAGUGCCUUUCGCUAAAUUCAUAGCGGAACCAAUGAAAAAGUAUCUGCCACAUUGGCAGAGCACAUACUUUUACAUUUGGUCGCGCUAGCUUGUUAAAUUAUUAUUUAUGUAUUUUUUUAAUAUUGGUACAAGUUAUUGUUUUGGGCUGUAGAUAACGUUAACAAUGAUAUAUUGUUAAUAUGGUAAGAAGGGGAAAUGGAAAAUGUAAUAAAUUUAACUCGGACUGACUCACCGUUAAAAGUGAUAUAUAUAAGAUUUAGAAUUCGCAUUUGCUGUGGAGCAAAAGGUGAACAAUAUUAUAUUAUUAUAAUUAAAAUUAUAAAGAAAAAUUAUAAUUCAACGAAUACGCUUCCAGUGUAGCAAAACAAAGCAACAGGAGGUACUCGGGAUAUUAGCGUUUUUAUAAUAAUUUUAUACUUAAAAACAUGUCAGUUUAUUUUUUUAUGUUCUUGGAUGUAAGAGGUAAUUUUAGUACGCGUUAAAUUUUUCUGUACAGUCUUUUUUUUAUAAAGAAUAAAAUCCAAAAGAAAUUUGA